CCCAUCGAAGCGAGAGGACAAGUACAUGCAACACCUAGACAGAGACGACUAGGUCGCCCCGGCCCAGCGAACGGCCAUGUCCAUGAAGCCUUUAUCACUGUCCAAGCCAGUCCUCUCCUUGUUCUUCCUCCUCCUGCGGAAGCUCGCCGGCCGGCACCACCGGGGCCGGAUGGCGGCGGCGACGAAGCCGAGGCCCCCGCCGCCGCCGCUGCCGGGUUUGGACAGGCUGCAUGGCCAGACCCUGGUCGUCGACGUAGAGGCGUGGAUCCUGCGCCAGCCGGUGCGCGCCUUCCCGUACUUCAUGCUCGUCGCCGUCGAGGCCGGCGGGUUCCUCCGCGGGCUCCUGCUGCUGCUGCUCUACCCGCUGCUGUGCCUCCUCGGCGACGACGGCGCGCGGGCGAGGGCCAUGGCCACGGUGGCGCUCGUCGGCCUGGAGGAGAAGGAGGUCGCCAGGGUCGGCCGGGCGGUGCUGCCCAAGUUCUUCCUGGAGGCCGCGGCCGCCGAGGGCGUGGCGGCGGUGCAGGCGGCGGCGCGGGUGGUGGCGGUGAGCGCGACGUUCCCGAGGGUGAUGGUGGACGGGUUCCUGAGGGAGUACGUCGGCGUGGACGCCGUCGUGGGGCCGGAGGUGAGGUCGGUCGGCGGGGUCCUCGCUGGGCUGGUGGACGAGGAGGACGCAGCCGAGAUGGCGGUGAAGAGGCUCCGCGGUCUGUUCGGCGGCGAGUUGAAGGCGGCGGGAAAGAAUAAUGGCGCCGUGGGGCUCGUCGGAGCGGCGAGCCGCGGUAGGGUGCACCACCUUUUCUCUACUUACUAUUGCAAGGAAACUUUCGCUGUGAGCGAGGCCGACACGCGGGGAUGGCGACCGCUGCCGCGGGACAGGUACCCGAGGCCCCUCGUCUUCCACGACGGCCGCCUCGCCUUCGCGCCGACGCCGGCGGCCGCGCUCGCCAUGUACACCUUCCUCCCCUUCGGCAUCGCGCUCGUCGUCUUCCGCUGCGUCGCCUUCUCCUUCCUCCCGUACCGCGUCUGCUUCCCCGUGGGCGCGCUCACCGGCAUGCACUACCGCCUCGUGGCCGGCCGCGUCCCCGGCGGCGGCGCGCGCCGAGGCGCCGGCGGGCGCCUGUACGUGUGCAACCACCGCACGCUGCUGGACCCGAUCGUCGUGGCGGCGGCGCUCGGGGCGCCGGUGACCGCGGUGACGUACAGCCUGAGCCCGGUGUCGGAGAUGCUGGCACCGAUCCGCACGGCGCGGCUGACGCGGGACCGGGAGGCGGACCGGCGCAGCAUGGCGGCGGCGCUGGCGCGCGGCGACGACCUGGUGGUGUGCCCCGAGGGGACGACGUGCCGGGAGGAGUACCUGCUCCGGCUCAGCCCGCUCUUCGCCGAGCUCGGCGUCGACGCGCACCCCGUCGCGUUGGACACGUGCGCCGGCAUGUUCUACGGCACGUCCACCAAGCCGGGGGCCAAGUGGAUGGACCCCUUCUACUUCCUGAUGAACCCGAGGCCGGCGUACCGGGUGGAGUUCCUGCCGCGCGCCGCCGCGUCGCGCUGCGGCGGCGGCCGCGGCGGCAGCAUCGACGUGGCCAACCGGGUGCAGCGCGAGCUCGGCAGGGCGCUAGGGUUCGAGCUCACCAGGCUCACCAGGAAGGACAAGUACAUGACGCUCGCCGGCAACGAAGGCGUCGUGGCGGCGGCGCCCUAAAUUAAACAAAACCACUGGCAUUAAUCGUUACUGAGCACGGUAAUACGACUCUGGUUGAGGACUUCCCUAAGCACACGGUUAUUAUGGGUGGUUUGUGAAAAAAAAUAUAUAUAAUAUUUAUAUAUGCGUGUAAAAGUGUAUAUUUUGCAUGUCAAGAGUUCUUGAGUAGCCAUCGCAGUGCUUGUAAAAUUCAUCAAACCAUUAAAAAGCUUAGUCAAAACAAAGGUGAUUUGGAAUUGCUAUCGGCUAA